CCUCAUCCUUAGUUCAUUUUAGUGCUAAAGGCACCUUCUGUUUUCCAGGGACGUUAAUGCCUAGUAAAUGCAGAUUGCUUAUCUGUAAUUGCGGCCACACUGCAUGACCUAUAUACAAGCGAAACAAUUGUAGUGCUUUAAUGUGUUCAUUUCCUUUAUAUUCCAGCGCUGUCAACUUUGCGCUGAGACCAUAGUGGCUCUGCUGUCGCACAGUGUUUCAUUACCCUCGACCCAUGACAAGUAAACAGUGACCAAAGUUAAAGCGCUUUGAAGAGGGCUGGCGUGACACACUGUUCCUUUACACAUGGAGGUUAGCUGAUCACAAAUCACCAAGCCGGGGACACAGAGACACCAUGGAUCUCCUGAGGCCUGCUCCAGUGGCAGUGGCUGCUCUCCUCCAUUGACCUCCUCUGCUCUGCUCUCUUCUCCUCUUCCUCCACCGAUACUCCCUCUCUCCACUCAUCCACCCCUCCCCCUCAACGCCACCCCUCCCACGUCCACCCACUCAUUCUCUUGCGACCCCUCGUUGUGGCAUCAUGGCGGGGGAGAAGGGACCAGCCAGGCGGAGCGCCAUGGACAUAAAGCGCCUGGCAGGGUUGAUCCAGAGGGGGGCGGGGCGCCUGCUGGUGAUUGACAGCAGGACCUUCUCGGAGUACAACGCGUCCCACAUACAGGGGGCGGUCAACGUGUGCUGCUCCAAGCUGGUGAAGCGGCGACUGCAGCAAGACAAGGUGUCCGUCACCGAGCUACUGCAGCCCAAUGGCAAGGUCAAGGUUGAGAUGGGCAGGAAACAGGAAGUGGUGAUGUACGACCAGAGUUCCAAAGAGGCGGGACAACUAUCCAAAGACUGCUUUGUCCACAUCCUACUGGGCAAGCUGGAGGGCACCUUCCACCGAGUCUCCCUGCUCACCGGGGGCUUUUCUGCGUUCUCCUCCUGUUUCCCCGGGCUGUGUGAGGGCAAGCCAGCUCUGCCUAUGAGCAUAUCACAGCCCUGCCUACCUGUAGCUAAUGUAGGCCCCACACGCAUCCUACCGCACCUCUACCUGGGAUCGCAGAAAGACGUCCUCAACAAGGACCUGAUGGUUCAGAAUGGCAUCACGUACGUGCUGAAUGCCAGUAACACCUGUCCCAAGCCUGACUUCAUCAGCGAGAGCCACUUCAUGCGGAUCCCCGUCAACGACAACUACUGCGAGAAGCUACUGCCCUGGCUGGAGAAAACCAAUGAAUUCAUCGACAAAGCCAAGGUGUCAAACUGCAGAGUCAUUGUGCACUGCCUGGCUGGAAUCUCACGAUCGGCAACCAUCGCCAUUGCAUACAUCAUGAAGACAAUGGGCCUGUCAUCGGAUGACGCCUACAGGUUUGUGAAGGACCGGCGGCCUACGAUAUCGCCCAACUUCAACUUCCUGGGCCAGCUGCUGGAGUUCGAGAAGGGGCUGCGGCUCCUUCAAGCGCUGUCGGAUGACAAGACCUCUGAGGGCAAAGGUCAAUCCCAGGGUUCAGAGGUCAACGGGGUCAGCUCAGGUUCAGAGGUCAACGGUCAUCAUGACUUUUCAUUAGCAGAGCCCCCGACCCCUUCAGAACCCAAGCUCCCCUCGCCAACCUCCCUCCAGCAGGGCUUCAACGGCCUCCACCUGUCGGCCGAGCGCAUCCUGGACACAAACCGGCUGAAGCGCUCUUUCUCCCUGGACAUCAAGUCUGUGUACUCCCCUAGCAGCCCCCACUGCCCGCGCCUGGCAGCGCCCACACACUCCGAGGAUGUGCCCAAGCUGUGUAAACUGGACAGCCCCCCUGUCAACGGCAUCUGUCCCCAGUUCUCCCCCGCCCCGGACAGCCCUGGCUCAGCCGAGUCGCCCUUCCCCUCCCCGGGGUGCGGCGGCAGCAUCGGAGGUCUCGGCGUCGGGGGUCCCAGUGAAGGGGGCGUUCGCUCUGGAGGUCCCUCAAUGUCCAGGCCCAGGAGGAAAGCCAAGCACAGCUCUGGAUCUGGUGGAGCUGGAUCCACAAGCACCUCCCCGGUCCACUCCUACCUCCCACACCCCCAGUCCCUCAGCCUGGCUCUGGGACGCUCCCUGCCCGUCCACAAGAGCCCCAGCCUGGACGACAGCCUGAAGGGCUCCAUGCUUCUCUCCCUGCCCACCAUGGGAUCUGGGACCAUGUGGACCAAACACAGAGACACGGUCCAGGCAACCACCCCAGUCACCCCUACCACCGACACCCCCUGGUACUUUGGGGCAGAAGAGGUAGGGGAAGGAGGGAUGGAACUCGGAGGAGGCGGUGGAGGAGGAGGGGUGGAAGUGCGAUUCGGAAGCAGCUCAGCGUACGUGGCGUUCGGGUGUAGCGAAGGGGUGCGGCUACGGGAGAAAGUGCCGCGGGACAAAACGGCGUCGUCGUCAGCAUCAUCAUCACAGCGGGACUCCUCGACGACCGUUGCUAACGGGACGGGCUCCAACAGCAACGAGAAGCAGUUCAAGCGGCGCAGCUGUCAGAUGGAGUUUGAGGAGGGCAUCUCCGAGACACGUUCCCGGGAGGAGCUGGGGAAGAUUGGGAAGCAGUCUAGCUUCUCCGGGAGCAUGGAGAUCAUCGAGGUAUCUUGACAAACCGGACUCCGGACCACAACCUGCUCGCCCAGGGAGGGGGGCGAAUGGACCUGAGGUGGGAGGACAGAGGGGGGAGAUUUAUAAUCCCUACGCAAACCGUGUUAUGACUCAAACUCUGAGAAGACAAAAAAAUGGACAGAGUUUCUGUGGCUAGACAUGAGGUUCAACUGUCAAUUUACUACUACUGUACAUCUACAGUACUACCAAACAACGCUCUGAAGAGAGAAACUCUGGGGAAGAUGGAGGCUGUGGGGCCUGACACUGAACUAUGAACUAUUUCCUCUGUAUGAUGUCAGCUAGACAAAAAGGGACCCUGGGGCAAAUCACAAAGGGCUCCCUAUCCCCCAUAUAGUGCACUACUUUUGAACAAAUGUCACCAAAAGUAUAGCACUAGUUAGGUUAUAGGGUGUCAUUUGAGGCGUAUAGCCAAGCGGUUUCCUCCUAAAGCUUGACUUCAGCCCCAGUGAACCCCAGCAUGGCUCAGUCUGUCCCACCAUUCAUUAAAAAGACUUAGAAAGCGCUAUGUACCCCAGAGACACACCACAUCACACUGCAGUGAGAUACUAUUCAGAGUCUACUAAGAGACUAUACCGGUGAUACUGCAUCAAAACAAUGAAGGAUCCUCCAUGUUGGCGUGUCAGCCCAUCAUGGUUCAUGAGGACUCAUAGUGACCGAUAAAGACUGACAGUGUAUUUUCCCACAAUCCUCGUCUGCUCCCUUGUUUCCAGUGUUAAACGGUGUGACGUGACGGAGGUUUGGGGCGGUGGGGAGGAGUUAGGUCUAAGUUACGACCUCCCUGUAGUGGCGUUCUGUACACGCAUGUCUCACUCCACACACCCCACCCUCCAUGUAUACUCCCCACCCAUGCCCCCCUUCUCCCAGCCUCUACUGAGCAUGCUCCAGAGUGGCUGGCGACAGACAGACAAAUACUAUAUGAAUAUAUAUAGCAAUUUUAAUGGACUUUUAAUCAACAUUUUUUCUCAUAGUUUUAAUUUAUUUUAUCUGUUCAUUCUGGUAAUGAGAAAUAAUAAUGUUUUGUGGACUUUUUCCUCUGUUAAUCUCAGUUUUUGUUGAAUGGUAUUUAUGAAACGCAUACACAUACAACAACACACACAAAACUACAAGCAAGCAAUAUGUGAUGUUCAUUAUUUGGAGGGAGAGUGAUGUAUUUUGGGUUUCAUCUGACGUUAAAAUGCACUUUUCUGUCACUCUCUUCAAAAACAAGUAUCCCAUCCACUUCCUAAGUGUACCAACAUGCUCUAACCCCUGGUGAUAUUACCAGACGUGUGGUAUGCUGAAGAACAGUCAUCUGAGGCGUUUCUAGCUACUUCCCUAUGAGCACAAAACGCUUGAAAGCCAUUGAAAAGACGUACAAAAUAUGUAUUUUGGGUUGAAAAGACAUUGAGAAGAUGCUGAAAAUACAUAUUUUCCACGCCUUGUGCUCACUGUGUUGACUCUUCAGUUGUGUGUAUUUAUGAUGUUAUUUAUUGUGAUUGUGGGCUCCUACAGUUAUUAGGAUAUCUACUGGGAGACUGUUAGUGUGAGGAGACUGAAGAACUUUAUUCAACCCAGUACUCUUCUAAAGAGCAGAAUUAUUGCAGGAAGGACUGUUGAUUUCUCGAGGGCUAAUGACAACAACUACUGGUAUAUGCAAGUAGAUCCAGACAUUUGACAAUAUUAGAGACAUCCACCUAAGAGCGCUAGACUCAUUCUGUUGGCUAGUUUCCACACAGACACACACACACAGAGAAUUACACAGUGUUGGGAUAUGAGAGGAGCCCAAAGCUGAAACAAACCCCCUCCACACACACAUAGUCACACACAAAGAUACAACCGCCACCUUUCGUUUGUUCUCAGGGGAUCUUUCAGUGAGCCAAGCCCGGAGCAGGAUACACAACUGCUUGCACAUCAGCACAAUGCAUGUCCCCCUCACUCCCUCGCUCUCUCUAUCGCGCUCACUCUUAUUUUCCAAAGGUAUGAUAAAAAGAAAAUGGAAGGGAUGAAACUAGAAUGGAUUUGUUGUGAUUCAGAGGUGAGUGAAUGCUAUUGCUCUCCUGGUGCGAGAUUCGUCUAUUUAUUUAGGAUAUACGCAUAUGUGUUUUCUUUCUCUUCGGUUAUCUUUUCUCUAUGGCGAACUUUGACCUUUGACCUAUACCUUUGUGCUGCUGUAAGGUCAGACCUGGAUUUCCAGUGUUCAGUUCUCUUCCUUCUCUGCCUUUCCUUCUACUCUCUAUAUUUUUGAAAAGAUGUUAUAAUUAUUUAAAAACAUGUUAAAGAGAAGAUGCAGGCUGUCCCGAUUGCUAUAAUUGUUGGUAUUGAUGUAUUAUUAUUAUUAUUAUUAUAUAAUUAUCAUUAUGUUGUGUAAAUAGCAACGUAUCUAAGAACAUUGGUGAGUUUAGGUAAGUUUUGAAAAGAAAAUCCUGAUACCUUAGGCUGCUUGACGCAAAAUACCUCAGGUUCCACUGAAAGGCUUUUCCUUCCCCUUUACCUGUUUUGUGAAAAUGAGACAAAAAUGCAAACAUUACAAAAAUA